UCAUCCUUCCCCUGGUGACACGUCCCAGCUCUGCCUUUUGAAAGCAAAGAUGAGCAGCACUCAAGCUGAGAAGUCCAUAGUGGGCAUGAUCGACAUGUUUCACAAAUACACCGGAAAUGACGACAAGAUUGACAAGCCCAGCCUGCUGACGAUGAUGAAGGAGAACUUCCCCAACUUCCUCAGUGCCUGUGACAAAAAGGGCACAAAUUACCUGGCCAAUGCCUUUGAGAAAAAGGACAAGAAUGGGGAUAAGAAGAUUGAUUUUUCUGAGUAUCUGUCCCUUCUGGGAGACAUAGCCAUUGACUACCACAAGCAGAGCCACGGAGCGGAGCCCUGCUCGGGGGGAAGCCAGUGAUCCAGCCCCACCCAGGGGCCUCCAGAGACCCCAGAACAAUAAAAUGUGUCCCGCCACAAGACACUUGCCUGAUGUCCUUCUCUUUGUGACUGACGUUGUCAAAACUACAAAUUCCAGGUCAAGUUUGUGAGAAUUUGUGAGAGACCCCAGAACAAUAAAAUGUGUCCCGCCACCAGA